AUGCACGAAGCUCUUGAGACCGACGGAUUCGAUGAGCGAGCAACCGAUCGCCUCAGCGCUGUUCUCCGCGCAGCUCUGAAGCUUGCUCAGUCAGAGCGCCAUCACAACCCUGAUGCCUCUGUCUUUAUUGGCGUCUUUGGACUUGAUACCGACGACGGAUACCCACCAGCAAUCGAUCUCUGCGAAGUCGCCAGUGCGCUUCUGGGGCCCUCUGCUGAACACCGGUCCGGUCAUGACUUGCUUAUCGCGCGAGCUAAUGCUGAAGGCGUACCGCAUGUCAAGAAGUACAUUCUAGGAAAACUUACGGAGAACGAGGCGCGAAUCGUUGAUACAUAUCUUCAGCGUCACCGAGACAAGAUCAAAGACUUUGUCGAUGCGAUCCCGACCGAGGACGAGAUACACGCGACGAGGAAGGAAGCUGAAUUAGCGGUGAUGGCUGCAGGCGUUUGCUUCGGCUUACUGCUCGGCCCCGUUGGUGUUGUCGCAGGCACAGCCGGGGGUGGGCUUAUUGGCAAGGCAGCAGCUGAUAAGGUCGAAGAUCUGGGCGUUGAAAACUCGGAAGCGCUGAAGCUCGCACGCUCCAUGUGCAAGGAAUGGCUGAAAGACUUUACCAAACUCACGCCACGGCCAGUGGGUGAAGUAGUUGGUCUGUUGGAGCGACUGCAAGAACGUCCGGAGGCAGAGGAGGAAACCGCCAACCCAAACUUGCUAGACACGCUUCGCCGGUACAUUUACGGUCGAACGCCCAUGCGCCACGUCUUGAAGCUGUCACUUGAAACCUUCAAAAGGCACUCGGACGCCGAACGCCGCGUCCUUAUUCUCAUAUCAGACGGUUUAUCUUCUGAUGGUAACCCGUUGAGUUUGGCGCGCAGACUGCGAAAAGCUCAAGUUGACAUCGCGACGGUUUACCUCACCAGCAAUCCGGAUGCAGCUCAACGUUCUCUGUACUACCAGCCGGUGGAGAGCUGGCAUCGAGGCCGACGCGUGCUGUUCAACAUGGCGGGAAGAGUCGCCGGCGUGGCACACCCGAUUCCAGCCCUAGCUUCCGUGGGCUGGAACAUUCCCUCAGCCGGCGAGAUCGCCUUGCAUGCCACUGUGUCAACCUCGGCAGCUCUCAACGAGAUCUGUUCGCUUCUACUAUCGGCACGCCUCGGCUCAGCAAACCUACUGCUCGACCUCAUAGGCAGAUUCAAAAUCGACCAGUACAUCAACGACGAGAACAUCCGCGGAUGCCAGAAUCCCUCGGAUCAAGGGCAGGAGCCCACCUGCUAUGCGCACGCCGCCGCUGCGGUGAUUUGUAUGGCCAUGAGUCGGGUCUUUGGCCGGGAAGGCGGGUAUGAAGACGUCGAAAAAGCCCGGCAACGGAUCUUGGAGGUCUACCCGGCAAAGCCAGAUGGACGAGUUGCCAAGGCCGUAUUGGAGAAUGCUGCUGGUUGGUAUCAGCUGCGAGUCCUGGAGGUAGAUGAAGAUGCCGCCCGCUAA